AUAAAAAGCUCAGUUCCUCACAGCCGCACCUCCUUAUCUUCAGCAGUGAGGGCAGGCGCCGCUAGAGGGCAGACGCUUCUGGUGCGGAACCGGAAGUUGAAGCAUAUCUACUUCCGUUUAAACAAAAAAUGUAAAUCCUCCCCUAGGAAGAAGAAAAAACACAAUAACAAGCCGCGCCAGUGAUCUCUUCAUUUUUUCCUGCAUUGUUGUUUAAAAAAAAUUAAUAAACUGAAAUCAUCGCGCAGUUUGGUGUCCGACACCAUGCCCGUGAUCUGCGCGGCAAUAGGCUGCAACAACAAGUUCAUCAAAGGGUCGGAAAUACGAUUUUACAGGUUCCCGCUCAGCAAGCCUCAACUCGCCAGCAAAUGGGUGAACAGCCUGGGGAUGAAGAACUUCAUCCCGACCGUCAACACCUGCCUCUGCUCGGAGCACUUCCGGGCCGACUGCUUCAGGGACUACAACGGCAAGCAGUUUCUGAGGGAGGACGCGGUGCCCACCAUUUUCAGCCAGGGGCAGGACUCAUCAAAGAUUGAACUCCGUAAAAGAGGCGUGGUACCGAAGGAGGCGGCGGCCGUGAGUCCAAUCGGAACACAGGCGGACAAAGACCGAGCGAGAGAGGCCGUCAACCUGCGCAGAGAAAAGAGAGGCGGGAUGAGGGGUGGACGAGGAGGCCGCGGAGCCAAGCAACCCAGCGACAGACCGGCCACGGGGGACAAGAGCCGUGUGUACGACAACAAGGGCCGCCUGCUCUCCAACAACCGGGACAUGUGCGACUGCCUGGACGUGGACUGCAUGGGCUGCUUCUACCCGUGCCUCGAGUGCGGCUCGCGCAGGUGCGGCGUCGAGUGCCGCUGCGACAGGAAGUGGCUCUACGAGCAGGUGGAGGUGGAGGGCGGCGAGAUCAUCCGGAACAAGUUUGCCAUUUAGGGGGCGGGGCUUCUCUUCUUUUUAUUUACUGUGAUUUACUGCCCGUGGUAGAAGACUGUCAGUACUCUGCUGAAUGUAAAUACAUGUUUCACUUUCCUUUUUUUUUUUGUUGGGUAUUUUAUAUUUUAUAUUAUUUUGGAUUUAGUUGUGGUAAGGUAAGACGUGAUGUUUUAUGGUCUGCAGGACGCUCCACUUACCCGAUCAUAAGCGGGUGAAUCACGUUCGUGUAGAACCGGAUUGUUUGUGUUCUUUAAUUGUUUAACUUUUUUUAAAUGUAUUAUUAUUACCAGAAGUGAUGAAUGAAGUCUGGACCUGAAGAACUGUGUAAUCUGUAGUUCUGUUGGUUUACUCGUAGGACAUUUAUGAAUUAGGAAAGGAAACAUAUGUUCAUGUAUCAUUUUUGUUUAAAACAAUAACUGUCCGGACACAUUAUUAUUAUUUUUUUAAGAAAACCUUUUGAAUUUCCGAGGCAUUAUAAUGAAUCAUAUACUGUAUAUAUAUUUUUCAUAUUCAAUAAAAUUGAAAAAUGUAUCAAAUCCUGUGAAUGGAUUGAUUUAGUUUUAAAAUUCCAAAUAUCUCUUCAUAACCUUGUAACCACAUCUUUUAUUAUUAAUUCUUCAGUACAGGGGCCGCAGCGGGGAGGCGAUGAAGUCGCCCCUUGUACGUUAAAUAGACGGCUAGCAUUUUCAUUUAAACGACAGGAGAAGUGAUGCUUUUUACGUUGUUUGUAAAAAAUAAAAAUAAAUAUUUGGAUGUUUUUGGUACUUCAUAUUAAGAAUAAAAAGAAUAAAAAGCUCA